GCCCUCCAUGUUUAAGGGAAGUUGAGCGCUACUGACAACAGCAACAUGUGACGGAGCGGAGCAGAACUCACAGACGAUCAAUGGAAUUUAUCUGUAAUGUGCGCGAGGACUCGGCGAAACAGAGUCGCGCCCUUUAAAGUUUCUCGGGUGGUUGAAAGAAUCGAGUAACACCCAGCUUGAAACAAGCGCUCAAUUCUACGGUGGACGAGCGGGCUCCUUUGGGCGAAACAGCGUGUCGGAUGAAAUACAGAACCGGACUGUUCGUACGUUAGUUCCUUUGGAUUAUUAGUAGUUUGUUUCGGUCUAAAAUGAGGAACUCGCUAUAUAGAUGCUAUUAGGACUGUUGAGCCCUUCUCGGACCUCCGUCGCCGGGCGAGAGUCGGGCAUUGUCCGUUAUAUCACAAUGAUAAAGCGGAAAGUGGGUCGGAUGUUUCUGGCGACAUGCGUCGGGUCCUUUUUUAUUCUUAUUUUAUACUUUCAAAACAUCUCAAGAUCAGCUUCCGAACAGGUUUCGGGUCAAACCAGUUUCCCAGUUAAAUCAGGAAGAAGUCCUCUACAAACACUACAGGAAAAUGAUCAGCUGGAUCAUUCUGCGGUUCAGGCCACUUUACAGGGCCGACGGGAACUCUUGGAGGAAACCUGUCGAACCCACACUCAUAAAAGACGCGUGCUCAGCCCAGAGGAUCUCCGUCACCUCAUAGUGGAUGAUAAACACAAGUUACUGUACUGCUAUGUCCCUAAAGUGGCGUGCACGAACUGGAAACGUGUGAUGAUGGUGCUAACAGGCGACGGCCGCUACCAUGAGCCACUUGCCAUUCCAGCCAACGAGGCUCACGUAGCGGGCAACCUGCGUUCGCUCUCGGAGUAUUCCACAUCCGAGAUCAACAAGCGCCUUCGCACGUACCUAAAGUUCAUCUUUGUGCGUGAGCCUUUCGAAAGACUCGUCUCCGCCUAUCGCAACAAGUUCACUCGUAGCUACAACACGGCAUUUCAUAAACGCUACGGAACCAAAAUCAUCCAGAGGCAUCGUGUGGACCCCCAGUCCGAGGCUCUGGAAAAAGGCAACGACGUCUCCUUUGAGGAGUUUGUGUAUUAUUUAGUAGACCCUCAAACACAGAGAGAGGAACCAUUUAAUGAACAUUGGGAACGGGUUCACUCGCUUUGCCACCCUUGUCUUAUUCAUUACGACGUGGUAGGCAAAUACGAGACACUUCCGGACGAUUCGCGUUACGUGUUGAAGGUAGCAGGUGCGGACGGAGAGGCCAAAUUCCCGACUAGCUCCAAAAGCACCAGGACCACAGGAGACAUGGCCGCCAAGUUCUUCGACAACAUCAGUCCAUUUUACCAGAAGAAACUCUUUAACCUUUACCGAAUGGACUUCUUACUUUUUAACUACUCUCUGCCGGCAUACUUGAAGUUGAGUUGAGGUUUUGCACAACAUGUUUUUACUGGUGCCCAAACCGACUUUGUUUGCACAUGAACGUGUCUUGCAAGUGUACGUUGGGGUUUAUAUAUCACUCUGGAGUGAGCCACCUUAACAGAACCUGUAGAUGAAGAACCUUGGCGUCACCCUGACUACCUUAAGGCAAAUUUCAGUGCUGUGAAUACAUAACUGCUGGCAUGGGUGUUGAAUCCCAUGGGAGUUCACAAAAUACUGUCUGUAAUUUCUUUGGCUUUGUUAUAGCUGAUGACUGAUUUCCAAGUAUGUGCCUUUGUCCUUAAUGUUGAUAAGUGAAGCGGGAUUCUUCAUCAACGGACAAAUGCCAUGAAUGUUUCACCUCCUUCAAUCUUAAUCACCCAAAUGAUAUUUAUGGUAUUGUUUACAUAGCGUAUUUAUUGUAGCUUUCGCUCUUGAACUGGAACCAGCAAAGCCUUGACUUUAAUCUUGAAUCAAUUCCUAUCGCGGCUGAUGUCAAAGCUUCCCAUCUAGCAUUCUGUGGAUAUGAUUUCACACCAUAACACCACACAGUUCACCUGGAACAUAUUAUCCAAAUUGUCCAAAUCUAAAGCUAAAUAAGUGUUAACGGUUUUUUUUCCAAACUGGGUUAAGAUAGCAGUGUCAAGAUAAUGAAAUAAAGGGAUGAAUUUAGACUCGUUUUAGUCGUGAACUAGCCUGGGCUUUCCACAUUGGCCGGUUUAACUCUUCUGGAAUGAAACAUUCUCACAGAGUCACCCCUUUAUUUAGCAUGCGUCGGGCUGGGUAAACAGUGCAUAGCUGUGGUUGGGGAAAGGUAGACCCUCAUCACUGCUCCUCUUGUUGAGUUAUGGAUGCAGGGUGAUGUGCACUGCAAACUACCCACUGGGCAUUGCAGGUCAAACAUCAGUAGGGUCUUGGAAAGAAUCACUCGUCUUAUUAAUCUUUAAUAAGAGUUGAAGUGCAAUAAAGGUUUGUAUGAGGGUACCAGCUUCAGGUUUGUGAAUAAUACUUUGUGAAAAGCGUAGCUGUAAUGCUAUCCAUCCUUUAAAACUCUGAAAUGUUGAAAGAGACCUUAUGUUCAAGUGCACUAUAGCAGUGGUUCCUAACCCUGUUCCUGGAGGCACCCCAAUGGAUAAUGGAUGUUUUUCUUAUCAAACACAACAUAUUUAACUCCUUGUUAGUAGGUCAUUAGAAGAGUACUCCAAGACCUUAUUAGCAGAUAAGACAGACAUUCACAAUGUUGUUUUUGGGGGAACCUCCAAGAACAGGGUUUGGAAACUCUUUGCUAUAGUACGGUUGAGUCCUGCUUUAAUUUGAGCGUUUGCAUAAAAACAGUCUGACUGAAUGAAAUGUUCUUGUUGUGUGUUAACACUUGGUUAAUUAAAGGUGACGUAUAAAUUCUGUCAUUGCCAGCACCAAACAAAAUUGUAAAAAUAAGUUUCUAGACAUGUUUCAAGCGGUAUCACUCCAAACUCGUGUUGUUGGUUGGACCAAUGUUGCUAUGUCUGUGCAGUUUUAUUUGUCGGCAAAGGAAUGAAACAUUUAAUUGCAAUAGUUACUUUUCAGUUAAUGGAAAGGGUGACUAAUUUUUACAGCUGAAAUCUGAUGAGAAAGAGAUAAGAAUAUCUGGCUAAUAUCCGGCUGACAGAUAGACAGGAAUUGCCUUGGGUUAGAUCCGUAGUCUGGUGCACAGCGGGUACCUUGUGUGCAACAUUGCAUAACCUUUCAGAAUGUUCUGUUGGAAAAGUUUCUAGCGUACCAGUUAGUCACAAUAUGCGUUGAUGUCUUCCAUUUCAAAUACAGCCACGGGGAUUCAUUCAUCCAUGCAUCUAAAUAUCUGUUUUUGAAAAAGUUUCAAUGGGCAACCUGGAGAAAAAUAUACUUCCAGAUUAGAAGGGUACAAGACUCUGUCUUAGCAAAAAGUUAUUUGAUUCUUAUUUGAAAUGUAUGAAUGUAUUCUAGCAGGUUGAGUCAUAUGAAAUAAAUGUGAGCUUUUACAAGGUAAACUGUUGUUUGUGUGGUAACAAACCGUACUUGCCCCCUGUGAUGUAACUAACAGUUUGCACCUGUUUUGAAAGCUUGUGGUAAUGUGCUGCAUAACUGUGAAUGCUAAUGUGCACUAGUCAGCAUGGAAUCUUGCAUUAAGAGGUGAAGAAACCUGUUUUCAGUUGGAUUUCAACAAACAGUGACCAUCAUGAGGUUUUGAUGCAUCCAUUUCAAAUGUCACGAAACAAAUUGUCUGGUACGAGCUCAAGUGAAACACAUUUCUGGAGUUGUUUUUGUGUUACUGUAUUAGGGGCCACAACAUAAACUGUAGAGGAAGUUAUGUGAAUAACUUUGAUUCAGCUAUUACAAUGUCUUGAAUAAAACUGCCACAUUUUCAUUGUUGUUGUCCU